GCCGUGUUACCUGGCUUGUGUCUCCUACCUCGUCUUCCUCUUUUCGCGUGUCUGGCAGCAUACCGGUUUCUGCAUUCCCCUCCCGCCUGCCCGUCGCUAACCUUACCUGCGCUUCGCUCUCCCUUCUCCGCAUCUAUCCCAACCGCUGACGGCAGUGAUCGUGUGUUGAGGCAAGGCGGGGGACGAGACAACCCUAGCAGCGUGAGGGCAGAGCCGGAACGGGCGUCCGCUUCGGCCGGAGGCACGCGACCAUGCCCGAGAAACCGCUUACUGUCGCCACCUAUGCCGCCGGCGCGUCUCUCGCUGCCAUUACCCUCUUCUACGUCUUCGCCCCCAACUACUUCCUAGACAGCGACUCGAACUCGACCCGUAAGAGGGGCGUGGUGGGCCUCUCGAACCCGGCAAACGACUGCUUCAUCAAUUCCGUUCUUCAGGCUCUCGCCGGCCUCACCGACCUCCGAAUCUACCUGAUCCGGGAAACCCACCGACGAAGUAUAGAUGAGACCUGGGUCUACAGCGAGGUUGUCGAACAUGCCGCGUAUAAAAACACGCCGGACUGGAAGAGGCAGGGCCUGCAAGCCGGGCUUGUCACGAAGGGUCUGAAGGACAUCCUCGACGCCCUCAACGAGCGGCCUAUCUAUAGGAAGACGAUAUCUGCCGGUGGCUUUAUCCGGGUUCUCGAAGGCGCGUUCAAGCAGCGCAUUAGUAGGCAGCAGCAAGACGCGCAAGAGUUUCUACAGGUCGUAGCCGAGCGACUGUGCGACGAAUAUCAUGCCGGACAUAGAGCUCGGCAGGCUGCUCGGGAGAAGGGUGGCGACGACGCGGUGGUAGACAAGUCGGCACCUAUAGACGGAGAUGCCGUGCAAGAACGCUUAGAAAAGUUGGCCACGAACGAGGAUGGGAGUGUCGAUGCUACGCGAUCGGAAGAGGAACGUCCCGGCGCCGAGCCCGGGCCGGCGUUGGCAUCGCGAGGCGAGGUGGAAGAAGGCUUUCCGAUGGAGGGCACCUACGAAAGCCAGAUCGAGUGUCAGCAGUGCGGCUUCAAGACAAAGCCGACCGAGAGCACCUUCUGCACCCUGACGUUGAACGUCCCGCAGUCAAGCUCAACCUCACUCAACGCGUGUCUGGAUGGCUUCUUCAAGACCGAGUACGUGGAGGACUUUAAAUGCGAUAAGUGCCGGCUCGUACAUGCGAGAGGCCUGCUGGAAGCGCAGCUAUCGCAGGCUAGGUCUGAGAGCGCCAGGGCGGACAUACGAGAGGCGAUCGCGAAGUUACAGCGUGCCAUCGAUAUCGACCCCGAAAACCCUCCCCUCGAUGUCCAACUGCCGCCCCUGAAGGACUCGCCGAAGUGCAAGAUCGCAAAACAUACACGGCUGACGGGGUUCCCUAAAAUCAUGGCAAUUCAUCUCUCCCGGUCGAUAUACAAUAGCAUCUCGCAAAAGAACUCGGCCAAGGUUACCUUUCCUGAGCAAUUGGUCAUGGGCGGAUUACUAACUCGCAAUAAAUACAAAUUACUCGGCACCGUUACCCACAAAGGGAGCCACCACAGCGGCCAUUACGAAUCAUUUCGUCGACAGAACAUCUCCCUCCCCUAUUCCACGCCGAACGCCUUCCAGGCCUCUGGCGUCUUUGCGAAAUCAGCUGCGUCCAGCCCCAUCUCGACGCCCCGGGUUGCUGCGGCGCAAAAGUCAGAGGAUCCUAGCCCCGUGGCAUCGACGCCCGACCUAGGUUUUAUCUCGUCGCGAGCUAGUUUGUCAAACCAGUCCGUCGACAGCGUACCUAGCCCGUUAGCGGAUUCGAUGUCUCAAACUUCAGCCACCCCCAAUAGCCGACUAUCAUCGCUUCGCAGUCCUACCUCCACGUCCAAGGACCGAGACCCGGACGGCGUCAGCCUCAAAUCAGUGGCGAUCUCUGUCCGAUCAACCGUGUCGCGAAUUUCGAAUUCGGCGAGAAACAGCCGGCCCGGUAGCCCAUCCGAAAAGACGCCGACGGCACCGACGGCGACGAAUGGAGAGACGGCUGCGCCCAAGAAGAAGAAUCGCUCCAAACCAAAGCGCCGAAAGCAAAGUGAUCGGUGGUGGCGGAUCAGCGACGAGAAAAUCAAGGAGGCGAAAACGAACGAAGUACUCAACAUGCAGCGAGAGGUCUACUUGCUCUUCUACGAGCUGGAGCGUGAAAGUGUGACGGAAUCGUAGGAAAAUGCGCCAACCACCUAGGUGGUUAGAAAUAGAUGGAAUAACUGUGUGGUGUGCCGUAGCUCCCAGGACCUCGAGAGUCUUAGCAGACGGGUGUGCUGUCCCGGGUUAAGCUGU